AUGAAUUCCAAUGACCGAUUAAAACUAAGAGAGAAAGAGAGAGAGAGAGAAACAAAUCGUGGACAACGACGCGGAGAGAUCGAAUAUAAAUUGGUGAUCCUUGGUCGAACGUCCAGUACGACAACACAUACAGAGACACAGAGCGCCACAUACGCAGCAUGGGUCGUGCGACAGAAGGAUGUCAUACGGACGAUAAGAUUAGCAGGGGUUAGCCGAGGUACCGGAUGA